AUGACCUUGCUUCUUUUUCUAUCUUGUUUGAUUUUCUCCUGUUUGACCUUUACCUGGUUAAAAUUCUGGGGGGAAAUGACAGACUCCAAGCAAGUCACCAAGAGUAAAUCAGAAGAGAACUCUAUCCCAAGCCAAGCGCCCUUUCCAGCCUCAGACAGCUCAGAGGAGCCACCACAGAAAAAUGAUGAUGGUGGCCCUCUUCCAAAGAUUCCUAACCAGGCUGAGUCAGCCUCUCACGGAGGUGCUGAAGGUCCCGAUCAGCAAAGAACUUCCGGGCACCCCCCACACCAGAAUCCCCCAGGAAACUCCCUUUCCUCUGAUGAUGCCGGCUCAGUACCCCAAGCCGAUGGGACCGGGACCGAAGGCCUGAAGACCCCAGAUAUCAAUGGCCUGUCAUCUCCAGCCAAGCCCCAGAGUCAUCGAGCCAGACCCCUCUCCAAGGAAGACGAGAAGCAAGAGCACAUCAAGAGGCAGCUGAUGACCAACUUUAUCCUGGGCUCCUUUGAUGACUACUCCUCUGAUGAGGACCCCAGUUCUGGUUUGUUCCGUGAGUCUUCCCGGAAGAGCAGCCGGGCCAGCCUGGGGACUCUGUCUCUGGAGGCUGCUAUGACUGUCGGCGAGCCGGAGAACCCCAUCCCCACCAUAAGACCCAGCAUGUCCGGACUCCACCUGGUGAAGAAGGGCCGAGAACUGAAGAAGGUGGACCUGCACAGGGACUUUACUGUGGCCUCCCCAGCUGAGUUUGUCACGCGCUUUGGGGGAGAUCGGGUCAUUGAGAAGGUGCUCAUCGCCAACAAUGGCAUCGCCGCCGUGAAGUGCAUGCGCUCCAUCCGCAGGUGGGCCUAUGACAUGUUCCGCAAUGAGCGCGCCAUCUGGUUUGUCGUCAUGGUGACCCCAGAGGACCUGAAGGCCAAUGCAGAGUACAUCAAGAUGGCGGAUCAGUACGUCCCCGUCCCGGGAGGGCCCAACAACAACAAUUAUGCCAACGUGGAGCUGGUGGUGGACAUCGCCAAGAGAAUCCCCGUGCAGGCGGUGUGGGCUGGCUGGGGCCAUGCUUCCGAAAACCCCAAACUCCCGGAGCUCCUGUGCAAGCAUGAGAUUGCUUUCUUAGGCCCUCCCAGUGAGGCCAUGUGGGCCUUGGGAGAUAAGAUCGCCUCCACCAUUGUGGCCCAGACGCUGCAGAUUCCAACACUGCCUUGGAGUGGAAGUGGUCUGAUGGUAGAGUGGGCAGAAGACGAUCUGCAGCAGGAGAAAAGAAUCAGUGUCCCAGAAGACAUUUACGACCAGGGUUGUGUGAAAGAUGUGGAUGAGGGCUUAGAGGUGGCAGAGAAAAUUGGUUUUCCCUUGAUGAUCAAAGCGUCUGAAGGCAGAGGAGGGAAAGGAAUCCAGAAAGCAGAGAGUCCUGAGGACUUCCCAAUCCUUUUCAGACAAGUGCAGAGCGAGAUCCCGGGCUCCCCCAUCUUUCUCAUGAAGCUGGCCCAGCACGCCCGGCACCUGGAGGUCCAGAUCCUCGCUGACCAGUACGGGAACGCCGUAUCUCUGUUCGGGCGCGACUGCUCCAUCCAGCGGCGGCACCAGAAGAUCAUCGAGGAGGCACCAGCCACCAUCGCCACACCUGCUGUGUUUGAGUUCAUGGAGCAGUGUGCCCUCCGCCUGGCCAAGACCGUGGGCUAUGUGAGUGCGGGGACCGUGGAGUAUCUGUACAGCCAGGACGGCAGCUUCCACUUCCUGGAGCUGAACCCGCGCCUGCAGGUGGAGCACCCGUGCACAGAAAUGAUCGCCGACGUCAACCUGCCGGCCGCCCAGCUGCAGAUCGCCAUGGGGGUACCACUGCACCGGCUGAAGGAUAUCCGGCUUCUGUACGGAGAGUCGCCGUGGGCGGUCACUCCCAUUUCGUUUGAUACUCCUUCUAACCCUCCACUCGCCCGAGGCCAUGUCAUCGCGGCCAGAAUCACCAGCGAGAACCCAGAUGAGGGGUUUAAGCCAAGCUCCGGAACGGUUCAGGAACUGAAUUUCCGCAGCAGCAAGAAUGUGUGGGGUUAUUUCAGCGUGGCUGCUACUGGCGGCUUACACGAAUUUGCGGAUUCCCAGUUCGGGCACUGCUUCUCCUGGGGAGAGAACCGGGAAGAAGCCAUUUCGAACAUGGUGGUGGCUUUGAAGGAACUGUCCAUCCGGGGUGACUUCAGGACCACUGUGGAAUAUCUCAUUAACCUGCUGGAGACGGAGCGCUUCCAGAACAAUGACAUCGACACAGGGUGGUUGGAUCACCUCAUCGCUGAGAAAGUGCAGGCCGAGAAGCCAGAUAUCAUGCUUGGGGUGGUGUGUGGAGCCUUGAACGUGGCCGAUGGGAUGUUCAGAACCUGUAUGACAGAUUUCCUACACUCCCUGGAAAGGGGCCAGGUCCUUCCUGCCGCUUCUCUCCUGAACAUCGUGGAUGUGGAAUUAAUUUAUGACGGUGUUAAGUACACUCUCAAGGUGGCCCGGCAGUCUCUGACCAUGUUCGUCCUCAUCAUGAAUGGCUGUCACAUCGAGAUCGACGUCCACCGGCUGAAUGAUGGUGGGCUGCUGCUGUCCUACAAUGGUAACAGCUAUACCACCUACAUGAAAGAAGAGGUGGACAGUUACCGCAUUACCAUCGGCAACAAGACCUGUGUGUUUGAGAAAGAGAACGAUCCCACGGUCCUGAGAUCCCCUUCUGCUGGGAAGCUAACGCAGUACACGGUGGAGGAUGGGGGCCACGUCGAGGCUGGGAGCAGCUACGCGGAGAUGGAGUUGAUGAAGAUGAUCAUGACCCUGAACGUGCAGGAAAGCGGCCACGUGAAGUACGUCAAGCGCCCGGGGGCCGUGCUGGAAGCAGGCUGUGUGGUGGCCCGGCUGGAGCUGGAUGACCCUUCCAAAGUGCACCCGGCCAAGCCGUUCACGGGGGAGCUCCCUCCGCAGCAAACUCUGCCCAUCGUCGGAGAGAAACUACACCAGGUUUUCCACAACGUCCUGGAGAACCUGACCAACGUCAUGAAUGGCUACUGUCUGCCGGAGCCCAUUUUUAGCACGAAGCUGAAGGAGUGGGUGCAGAAGCUCAUGGCCACCCUCCGGCACCCUUCGCUGCCACUGCUGGAGCUGCAGGAGAUCAUGACCAGUGUGUCAGGCCGCAUCCCCGCCCCCGUGGAAAAGUCGGUCCGCAGGGUGAUGGCUCAGUACGCCAGCAACAUCACCUCGGUGCUCUGCCAGUUCCCCAGCCAGCAGAUAGCCAGUAUCCUGGACUGCCAUGCGGCCACCCUGCAGCGGAAGGCUGACCGGGAGGUUUUCUUCAUGAACACCCAGAGCAUUGUGCAGUUGGUCCAGAGGUACCGCAGGGGGACCCGCGGCUACAUGAAGGCAGUGGUGUUGGAUCUCCUGAGAAGAUACUUACAGGUGGAGCACCACUUCCAACAAGCUCACUACGACAAGUGCGUGAUCAACCUCAGAGAGGAGCUGAAGCCAAACAUGUCCCAGGUGUUGGACUGUAUCUUUUCCCACGCUCAGGUGGCCAAGAAGAACCAGCUGGUGAUCAUGUUGAUCGAUGAGCUCUGUGGCCCAGACCCUUCCCUGUCAGAAGAGCUGACCUCCAUCCUCAAUGAGCUCACUCAGCUGAGCAAAAGCGAGCAUUGCAAAGUGGCCCUCAGAGCAAGACAGGUCCUCAUUGCCUCCCACCUCCCAUCCUACGAGCUAAGGCACAACCAGGUGGAGUCCAUUUUUCUGUCUGCCAUUGACAUGUACGGCCACCAGUUCUGCCCGGACAACCUCAAGAAAUUAAUACUCUCAGAGACGACCAUAUUCGACGUCCUGCCCACCUUCUUCUACCACACUAACAAGGUCGUUUGCAUGGCGUCCUUGGAGGUUUAUGUGCGGAGGGGUUACAUCGCCUAUGAGUUAAACAGCCUGCAGCACCGGCAGCUCCCAGAUGGCACCUGUGUGGUGGAAUUCCAGUUCAUGCUGCCCUCCUCCCACCCAAACCGGAUGGCCGUGCCCAUCAGUGUCACCAACCCCGACCUGCUGAGGCACAGCACCGAGCUCUUCAUGGACAGCGGCUUCGCCCCACUGUGUCAGCGGAUGGGGGCCAUGGUUGCCUUCAGGAGAUUUGAGGACUUCACAAGGAACUUCGAUGAAGUCAUCUCCUGCUUUGCCAACGUGCCCAGGGAAGCCCCCCUCUUCAGGAAGGCCUGCAGCCCCUUGUACUCUGAGGAGGAGAACAAGAACCUCAGAGAAGAGCCAAUCCACAUCCUGAAUGUGGCCAUCCAGUGUGCGGACCACCUGGAAGAUGAGCAGCUGGUGCCGAUUUUCCGGACGUUCGUACAGUCCAAGAAAAACAUCCUUGUGGAUUACGGGCUCCGAAGAAUCACGUUCCUCAUUGCCCAGGAGAAAGAAUUUCCGAAGUUUUUCACAUUCAGAGCAAGAGACGAGUUCGCAGAAGAUCGCAUUUACCGCCACCUGGAACCCGCCCUGGCCUUCCAGCUGGAGCUCAGCCGGAUGCGCAGCUUCGAUCUGACCGCCGUGCCCUGCGCCAACCACAAGAUGCACCUGUACCUGGGCGCCGCCAAAGUGCAGGAAGGUGUGGAAGUGACCGACCACAGGUUCUUCAUCCGCGCCAUCAUCAGGCACUCGGACCUCAUCACGAAGGAAGCCUCCUUUGAGUACCUGCAGAACGAGGGUGAGCGGCUGCUCCUGGAAGCCAUGGACGAACUGGAGGUGGCGUUCAACAACACGAGCGUGCGCACCGACUGCAACCACAUCUUCCUGAACUUCGUGCCCACCGUCAUCAUGGACCCCUUCAAGAUCGAGGAGUCCGUGCGUUCCAUGGUGAUGCGCUACGGCAGCCGGCUGUGGAAACUCCGUGUGCUGCAGGCCGAGGUCAAGAUCAACAUCCGCCAGACCACCACCGGCAGUGCCGUUCCCAUCCGCCUGUUCAUCACCAAUGAAUCGGGCUACUACCUGGACAUCAGCCUCUAUAAAGAAGUCACGGACCCCAGAUCUGGAAACAUCAUGUUUCACUCCUUCGGCAGCAAACAAGGCCCCCAGCACGGGAUGCUGAUCAACACCCCCUAUGUGACCAAGGACCUGCUUCAGGCCAAGCGAUUCCAGGCCCAGUCCCUGGGUACCACCUAUGUGUACGACUUCCCGGAGAUGUUCAGGCAGGCUCUCUUGAAACUGUGGGGCUCCACGGACAAGUACCCCAAAGACAUCCUGACCUACACCGAACUCGUGCUGGACUCUCAGGGCCAGCUGGUGGAGAUGAACCGCCUUCCUGGAGGGAAUGAGGUGGGCAUGGUGGCCUUCAAGAUGAGGUUUAAGACCCGAGAGUAUCCAGAAGGGCGGGACGCCAUCGUCAUCAGCAAUGACAUCACCUUCCGCAUUGGGUCCUUCAGCCUGGGAGAGGACCUUCUGUAUCUGCGUGCGUCUGAGAUGGCCCGGGCGGAGGGCAUCCCCAAAAUCUACCUCGCGGCCAACAGUGGGGCCUGUAUCGGCCUUGCAGAGGAGAUCAAGCACAUGUUCCAGGUGGCUUGGGUGGACCCAGAAGACCCCCACAAAGGAUUUAGAUACCUGUAUCUGACGCCCCAAGACUACACCAGAAUCAGCUCCCUAAACUCUGUGCAUUGUAAACAUGUCGAGGAAGAGGGAGAGUCCAGGUAUGUCAUCACGGAUAUUAUCGGGCAGGACAGUGGACUGGGUGUGGAGAAUCUAAAGGGCUCGGGCAUGAUUGCAGGGGAGUCCUCCCUGGCUUACGAAGAGAUCAUCACCAUCAGCUUGGUGACCUGCCGCGCCCUUGGGAUCGGGGCCUACUUGGUGAGGCUGGGCCAGCGAGUGAUCCAGGUGGAAAAUUCGCACAUCAUCCUGACGGGAGCCACCGCCCUCAACAAGGUCCUGGGCAGAGAGGUCUACACCUCCAACAACCAGCUGGGUGGCGUGCAGAUCAUGCAUUACAACGGCGUCUCCCACGUCGCCGUGCCAGAUGACUUCGAGGGCGUGUAUACUAUCCUGGAGUGGCUGUCCUAUAUGCCAAAGGAUAACCGCAGCCCAGUCCCCAUCAUCACACCCACGGACCCCAUUGACAGAGAAAUUGAAUUCUACCCAUCCAGGGCUUCCUACGACCCCCGGUGGCUGCUCGCAGGCCGACCUCACCCAACUCGGAAGGGGUCCUGGCAGAGUGGAUUCUUUGACCGUGGCAGUUUCAAGGAAAUCAUGGCGCCUUGGGCCCAGACGGUGGUGACCGGACGAGCCAGGCUGGGGGGGAUCCCUGUUGGAGUGAUUGCUGUGGAGACGCGGACCGUGGAGGUGGUGGUGCCUGCAGACCCCGCCAACCUGGAUUCCGAGGCCAAGGUAAUCCAGCAGGCGGGCCAAGUGUGGUUUGCAGACUCCGCCUCCAAGACGGCCCAGGUCAUAAAGGAUUUCAACCGAGAGAAGUUGCCCCUGAUGGUCUUUGCCAACUGGAGGGGAUUCGCCGGUGGCAUGAAAGACAUGUACGACCAGGUGCUAAAGUUUGGAGCCUACAUCGUGGACAGCCUCAGGCAGUACAAACAGCCCAUCAUCAUCUAUAUCCCACCCUAUGCCGAGCUGCGGGGGGGCUCCUGGGUGGUCGUGGACUCUUCCAUCAACCCCCUGUACAUAGAAAUGUACGCAGACAAGGAGAGCAGGGCCAGCAUUCUGGAGCCGGAGGGAACAGUAGAGAUUAAAUACCGCAGGAAAGAUCUGAUAAAGACCAUGAGGAGGAUCGACCCAGUUUACAAGAAGCUCGUGGAGCAACUAGGAGCGUCGGAGCUCUCCGACCAGGACCGCAAGGACCUGGAGGGCCAGCUGAAGGCCCGGGAGGACCUGCUCGUGCCCAUCUACCACCAGGUGGCGGUGCAGUUCGCCGACCUCCACGACACGGCCUUCUGCGUGCUGGAGAAGGGUACCAUCUCUGACAUUUUGAAUUGGAAGACCUCGCGCACCUUCCUGUACUGGCGGCUGCGCCGCCUCCUGCUGGAGGACCAGGUGAAGCAGGAGGUGCUGCAGGCCAGCGGUGAGCUGAGCCACGUGCACAUCCAGUCCAUGCUGCGCCGGUGGUUCGUGGAGACGGAGGGGCCCGUGAAGGCCUACCUGUGGGAUAACAACCAGGUAGUGGUACAGUGGCUGGAACAGCACUUGCAGGGGGGCGCCGGCCUGCGUUCCACCAUCCGUGAGAACAUCAAGUGCUUGAAGCGAGACUCGGUCCUCAAGUCCAUCAGACGCCUGGUCCAAGACAACCCUGACGUGGCCAUGGACAGCAUAGUGUACAUGAGCCAGCACAUCAGCCCGGCACAGCGGGCCCAAGUCAUUCACCUGCUGUCCACCAUGGACAGCACACCCUCCACCUGACCCCGCCCACUCGGCCCCUUCCAGGACCACAGGCUGGGCAAACCAUGCUGACCCGCCUACCGCAGGCCUCAUCAGGACCUUGGGGGUUUGCUUUUUAAAAACGAACAAACAAACAAAAAAAACAGAAAUCCCUGGGCGUUUCUGCAGGGCUGCUGGCCUCCCACUCACUCCUGUCUCAAUAAAAAGCCCAGGAGUGCCCCUUCCACGCAGAAAUAGCUUCCUGUGCAUCGCUGGGAAA